CGCCCAAGGAAGCCGGAAGCGACGGCCGUCAGCUGCGCCGGCUCGCGGGGGAGAGGCGGGUUGAGUGCUUUGGGGUUUGCGGACCCCGCGAUGGAGCUAGACGCGCCAGUCGCGUGGCGGAGGCCGUUGCUUUUGCGGCGGCUGCUGCUGGUGCCGCUUCUGUGGUCGGGGCUGGUUCUGGGAGCGCUCGCCGUGGUCAGCAGCCCCCACAGGGUCCUCCACGACCUCCUGUCUGAGCAGCAGUUGCUGGAGGUGGAGGACUUGUCCCUGACCCUGCUGCAGGGCGGAAGGCUGGGGCCACUGUCGUUACCCCCGGACCUGCCGGAUCUGGAUCCCGAGUGUCGGGAGCUGUUACUGGACUUCGCCAACAGCAGCGCAGAGCUGACCGGGUGCUUAGUGCGCAGCGCCCGGCCAGUGCGCCUCUGUCAGACCUGCUAUCCCCUCUUCCAACAGGUCGCGAACAAGAUGGACAACAUCAGUCGAGCCGUGGGGAAUACGUCAGAGAGUCAUAGUUGUGCCAGAAGCCUCUUAAUGGCAGAUAGAAUGCAGAUAGUUGUGAUUCUGUCUGAGUUUUUUAACUCCACAUGGCAGAAGGCAAAUUGUGCAAAUUGUUUAACGAACACAAGUGAAGAAUUGUCAAAUAGCACGCUAUAUUUCCUCAGUCUAUUUAAUCACACUUUGACCUGCUUUGAGCAUAACCUUCAGGUGAGCGUACACAGUCUUAUGCAGUUAAGGAAUUAUUCAGAAGUUUGCAAAAACUGUCGUGAAGCAUACAAAACUCUGAGUAGUCUAUACAAUGAAAUGCAAAAAAUGAAUGAACUUGAAAAUAAGGCUGAAUCUGGAACACAUUUAUGCAUUGAUGUGGAAGAUGCAAUGAACAUUACUCGAAAACUUUGGAGUCGAACUUUCAAUUGUUCUGUCCCUUGCAGUGACACAGUGCCUGUAAUUGCUGUUUCUGUAUUCAUUCUCUUUCUACCCAUUGUCUUCUACCUUAGUAGCUUUCUUCACUCAGAACAAAAGAAACGGAAACUCAUUCUACCCAAACGUCUCAAGUCCAGUACCAGCUUUGCAAACAUUCAAGAAAAUUCAAACUGAAAUCUACAAAACGGAGAAUUAACGUCCUGUUCCAUGGGUGAAUGGUAGGAGAUGCAGCUUGGUCCAAAAGAAGAUAAACUGAUUUGACAAGUCAAGUUCCUAAGAAAUGCAAGGACUUCAGAUUUAUUUUUAAAUAAGGAUUUUCAAUUUUUCUUUCCUUUUUUGUUCCUUUUUUAAGGGUUUGGGUAUUUUUAAUUUCCAGGCCAAGUAAUGUUGUCUAUUUUAAAGAGUAUUUGUUACAAUAACAAAAGAUGCAAGGACAAUCUUUGUUUUGUUUUGUAGGCAUAUUAUUACUAUUUGAGACUUCUGGUAGCUCCUUAUUAAUAUAGUAUUUUAGUAGCAAAGUUUUUGAAAACUAACAUUUAAAAAUUAAUUAAUUAUAGCAAAGACUUUGAAAAAGAAAUAUACUUGCCAAAAAGUAGCAGGUCCAAAGAUUAAUUUAAAUUACCAUUGCAGUAUUAUUGUUUUAUAUAUAUAUUUAAUAUGUCAUACAUUACAAAUAAUAUGUAAUUCAAUCUCUAGUUUACUUUAAGUGAUUUUUGAAACCACUAGUUAGAAACCUCCCUAACAAUUUUUAGAAGCAGGAAGGCACAUUACAUUUAUCUUUGUAAAAAGAUUUACGGUAACUGGUUUCUUACUUAACUUUUAUAAAUAGUGUUGUAUUUAACACCUUAUUUUAGCCUUUAUUUCUUAAAUAAUUUGAAAUCACUGGACUGCUGUAUUAUAUUCAGGGCAAGAUGGAUUCUUUUUCUACCAGGGAUUUGCAUUGUGAAUUACAUUAAGUUAUUUGGCAAUUUAUAAUUUAUUACUACUUUAAAUCAAAUGUAGCAUUCUCACAAUAUGUAUUUAAGUUGUUAUUUUUUUUUUUUAAUGGAGAUUCUCUUGGGAUAUAUGGAGAUUUUUGGAGGGGAGAGAGAGGAGGGGUAAAAAAAUCUUAAGGUUCAGAAAAUAGGGACGUGAGGGGUGCUCACGAGAAGACUGUCGAAUGGUUCAUGUUGAGGGCAUGAGUUAAGAUGAGUCUGAUACAGAAAGCAGUUAGGUUAAGAUGCCUGUUUUUUUUCUAAAUUAUUUAAAUCAGUUAAAUGUGAUAUGAUAGAAAUGAAGUCAGAUAUUUCACUAUCAGAAAGCAAAUUCUAUUUUGGGAUGUUUGUAUCAACCUUUCUAGAAAAAAGCUUCAUUUCAGAAUUGUUCACAGUUUUUUUCCCUCAGGUUUUUAGUGUUAGGUAUUUCAUUUGUUAAUUCCUUCUUGCUUUCAUGGUGGCAAUAGGCUUUGUUCUAAAUGUUGAGAAUGUGAAGCCUGCUCUGUAUAGAAACAAGAAUUAGGUUAAAUAGUACAAGAAUUUUAAUCCCUUCAUAUAUAGUAAAAUGCUCUAUAAAGAGGCAAGAAAGUGUUUUUAAUUUUUUUUAAUGUUUACUAUGUAUGUAGAGUUGAAAAAGAAGGCUUAUCUUUGGAUAUAUAACAUAUCCAAAAGCCGUUACAGUUUUUCUAGUUGGCUGUGAUCCAUUUAAAAUGUGCUGGGGUUUAUUCUGUCAUUGUCAUUGUUCAUGCUGCUGAUACUAAUAACACUGUCUUGAUUUGAAGCAUAUAGUUGAGGGCCAUUGAAAGCAAUCUUUCAUUAAUGCAGAUAAAACCAGUUUACAUAUGCAAAGUUACAAAAUGGCAUAUUUGAAUCUGUAAGUAGUGACUCUUUGAUCACCUUUCAAUGUUCUGUAUUUCUAAAAACCAUUGCUUUUGGGUAUGGUUGCAAAUAAGCACUUUAGAAAAGAAAAGAUAGCCUUUGCUAUUUUUCUGGUUGAGUCAUUGCUCUUUCAACAUAGCAUCAGCAAUAGAUUUCAAAAAUGAGUAUUAAGCAUUACACUGAAGUGUGUAAAUACUUCAUUUUUUAGUCAUACAGAUAAAUUCUUUGCAUAGUUUUAAAUUCUGAGACACAUAAGCAUAUGUGUGUGCAUCUUUAGCUUUUGACACUUUGAAAUAAAGGAAGUAACUUAAAAAAA